AUGGAGCAGUUGGGACAGCUGGCCUGUGGAAAUAUCUGGAAAACCUGUGGAGUGGAGGUGGAACUCGCCCGGCUAAUUCGGUCCCGUUCUGACCCCCAGAAAACUGCUGAGGAACGGCCUGUUAAUCUAGGCCACACCCCCUUCCCGGAGCCCCUCCCCCAGGUCACAGCCAGCCCUGCUCUCCUCGGUCCUGGUCACGUUGGCCCCGCCCCCGGGGCUCUGCAGGUCCGAAGGCGCGACAGCCCAGCCCCACUUGUCCGGCCGCCACCUGGGAGAAAGAUGCUGCCACUGCCCUGCUGCCCUGGAUGCCACCACUUUCUCCUCUUGCUGGCGCUGUUGCUGCCCUCGCCUCUCUGGGUCCGAGCUUUGGCGCCUCCCGGCCCUGCUGCCACCUUGACCUUGCUCCAGUCCCUCGGACUGCGCAACCCGCCCCGUGCCCCAACUACGUCCAGGCCCGUGCCCCCGGUCAUGUGGCGUCUGUUUCGCCUCUGGGACCCCCAGGAGACUAGGCUGGGUCUGCGGCGGACGCUCCAAAGGGCCACCCCACGACCAUGCCACGUGGAGGAGCUGGGGGUCGCUGGAAACGUUGUGCGCCACGUCCGGGACCGCGGUUUGCCUGCGCGGCCCUCGGAGCCGGUCUCGGUUGCCGGCUCGUGUCCCGAAUGGACCGUCGUCUUCGACUUGUCUGCGGUGGAGCCCGCCGAGCGCCCAAGCCGCGCGCGCCUGGAGCUGCGCUUCGAGGAGGCGGUGGCGGAGAAGGCAGGGCGGGCGGGUGGCUGGGAGCUGAGUGUUGCACUGGCAGUGGGGCUGGGGGAAUCGGGGCCGAGGCGUGGGGUGCCACAGAGGCUGACUGUGACUUCGCUGCGUACUCCAGUGCGCGCCGACCUGCUCGGCGCUGUCUGGGCUCACAACACCUCGGUCCCACACAUCCUGCGAUUGGCGCUGACGCUGCGCCCUCGGGGCUCCGUCCAUUGUGCGCGCCUGUCUGAGGCCUCGCUGCUGCUAGUAACCGUGGACCCGCGCCUCUGCCAUCCCCUGGCCCGCCCGCGGCGUGAGGUGGCCCCAGCGGCAAGCGGCGGCGAGUGUCGCGCGCGGCGGCUCUACGUGAGCUUCCGCGAAGUGGGUUGGCACCACUGGAUCAUUGCCCCGCGCGGCUUCAUGGCCAACUACUGCCAGGGAGCGUGUGAGCUGCCCAUUGCCCUGGGGCCGCCAGCCUUCAACCACGCGGCGCUGCGCGCGCUCAUGCACUCAGUGGCUCCCGGUGCCCUGGGCGGCCUGCCCUGCUGUGUGCCCGCGCGCCUGUCGCCCAUCUCUGUACUCUUCUUCGACAACAGUGAUAACGUGGUGCUGCGGCACUAUGAGGACAUGGUGGUAGAUGAAUGUGGCUGCCGCUGA